GCAUGCAGGGUCUUGUUGCUCUCAGCAAAUUGUCCUCUUUUUAUGGUGGUAAUGGUCGAACUUCUUCAGCACACUUGGAUUGGAUUCUCCUCUUCCACAUGCUUGUGAUGGAAAAGUAAAACCAGAGGCAUGGGGUUUAGACCAGAAAGUUCACAUAUAUACACACAUUGGAAGCCUGCAGAGGCAAUCAACCCAACCCCAGGAGAAGAAGAGAACACACCGUUCAGUUCAUCCUCACCUCUUGUUCUCCACAAUUGCAGAUAAGUUGCUUCCUCUUUUUUUGCAGAGAGGAGUGGUGGUUUUGGUGGUGCAGAUGAUGGCUGGCUUGCAAAGAUCAGCGACAACAUUCAGAAGGUCCGGUUCGUCAGGCCUGGUCUGGGACGAGCGGUUCUUGACCGAGGACGCAGAGGCGGCCAAGGCCGGCGAUGGCGAUGGCGGUGGCGGCACGGAGGAGCCCCAGCCGGAGCUCCGGCAUUCCAAGAGCGUCGGGAGCAUCGGCAUGAUGCGCCGUGUCGCUGCCGACGACGGCGACGACAGCGAGAAGACGACGAAGCAGCAGAGGAAGAAGAAGAAGAAGAAGAAGAAGGACGGUCAGAAGGAGGACGACAACCGCAGCCAGCAGGUGUUCAGGACCAAGGACAUCGCCCCGGACGUCGACCCGCCGUCGCCGAGGGUGUCCGGCUGCAUCCUCUGCUCCAUCUUCUCCGGCUCCGGCUCGUCGUCGUCGGCGACGUCGCGCCGCGCCAAGCCGAGGAAGAAGUGAAACAAACGGGGUGACAUAUAAAAAACCAUACAUACCUUCCCGGUGGUGCUGCAUCAUCUGUUACUGUAAAGCCGUGUGAGCCAUGGAUCUGGGGCAUGUCUAUACACUCGAGUGACACAUGAGUUUGUACUGCUUAUAAACACAUAUAUAUUUGUCAGGUUAGUUUUUUUUUCUUUUUUUUACCUUCUCUUUUGUUCAUCAGCUCCUCGAUCCAGAUCCAUGGCUCAAACCCAUAGUUAUUAGAGCUUAUUAGUACUAGCAACCAGCAGCUAUUGAGAUUUGGGUUGUUCUUCAGUUCUUUGUCUGGUACAAUUCUUCUCUCAUUUCUUCAGCUGCUGAGUGAGCCUUUGGAUCUCUGUGAUUGAUCGAUUGAUUGCGUUGCA